UUUUCACACGCAAAAUGGCUGCUGCCGCCGUAGCAAAGGGAAGAGGCUGUGCCCAAAGUUUUCUUUGGCACCGACGACCAGCUGCAGUUUCUAAGAAGUUGUUCCAGCAGCCUGCUCAUCGUGGUCAAAGUUUGGACAUCCCAAAUGAAAUGGUGCGGUGCGCAUCAAGUGGUGCCGGGUCAAGAGGCGUCAUGUAUAAAUCGGUGGAAGAACAACCAGAUGCAGUGACAACAACAAUCACAGGGGCGGUACCAACUUGGAUAAAUGGCGACCUGCUUCGCAAUGGCCCUGGUAAAUUUGAGGUUGGAAAUGACACCUAUAAUCACCUGUUUGAUGGACUUUCAUUACUUACCAGAUUCAACAUCAGUAAUGGAAAGGUGACUUAUCAGAGUAAAUUUCAGCGCAGCAAUUCGUACACUAAAGCCAUGGAGCAUAACCGCAUCGUGGUGUCCGAGUUUGGCACGAUGGCUCACCCCGAUCCGUGCCUCAGCUUACUAGGUCGCUUCAUGGCACGAUUCAAACCCCAGCGGGAGUACUCUGAUAAUUGCAAUGUCAAUUUGGCGUUUGUUGGAGAUCAAUGCUAUGCAAUGACAGAGUCGCGUGUACUGCGGAAGAUAGAUCCACGCACCCUGGAUACUUUAGAUAAGGUGAACCUGGCAGACACUGUGGCUGUCCAUACAGCCACUGCACAUCCACACAUGGAUCCAGAUGGCACUGUGUACAACAUGGGCUCACACUUUGCAAAGAAGACCAUGUACAAUAUCAUAACGGUACCGCCACCGGAGCCAGGUAUGACAGAAGACCCAAUGAGUAAGGCUUCCAUCCUGUGCUCUAUCCCUUCCACCGAGACAUACCCGUCCUACUAUCACAGCUUCUCUAUGACAGACAACUACAUCGUGUUCCUUGAACAGCCUCUCUUUUUGAACCUUCUCAGAAUGCGGAUGCAUAUGUUAUUCCAAACAGGCUUUCAAAAAGUAAUGCAGUAUGAUGAAAAGAAACCUGCUCGUUUCCACAUCGCCAGAUGGGACACGGGGGAGCUCCUCCCUCAAAAGUUUGUGGCCGACCCCUUCUUCUGUUUCCAUCAAGUCAACGCCUACGAGGAAGACGGUCAUGUGGUGGUUGAUUUGUCCACCUACGAGGACGGGAAGAUUGUCCAGACAAUCAAUCUUGAAAAUCUGAGAAAAGGAGUUGAGACGGAAGUGGGGACUGCCAAAAGGUUCGUUCUGCCUGUGGAGAAAGAAAAGAAAUCAGGGAUUAAUCUCAACACCCUAGAGAACUCUAAGACUACUGCUGUGCUGCGAGACGACGAUACAGUCUAUUGCACUCCAGAAGUAAUAUCUGAUGAAACCAUUGAGUUCCCCAAAGUCAACUAUGAGAAGUUUAAUGGAAAACCAUAUCAAUACUUCUAUGGUAUUGGAGGAACCGAUCUAGAGUUGAUGAAAGUGAACACAAGGACUGCAACUUCCCAGCGAUGGCAUGAGGAGGGAUGCUGCCCCUCAGAGCCUAUCUUCGUCAAUGCACCCAACUCGACCAGUGAGGAUGAUGGGGUAGUGCUAUCAGCAGUGAAUGACCUCAGGGAGGGGAAGUCCCCCUUUCUGCUAGUGUUGGACGCUCGAGACUUCAAGGAGGUGGCAAGAGCAGAAAUCAAGGCUGAGGUUCCGUUCGGUUUCCACGGCAUGUACGUCUCCAACUAAAGACGAGAAAUCCUUACUCCGGUUGUAUUCAGGUUAAGAAAUUACCAGGAUCUAAUUUCAUAAAGCUGUUAAGCCGAAAAUACUGUUGAGAAAAUGUGUUUGCUAAGUAAGAUAUGAGUUGGAUGCCAGUCGUAGCAAUGACAACUGUAUGGAAUUCUGGCUGGUAACCAAUUUUUGCUAAGCAAGAUUUGUUUGUGCUUAGCAAGUUUUUGUGCUUACAGGUUUGAUGAAAUUUUGUCUAGGUUUUGUGCUACAUUUAAGUUGCUCCGGUAUUCAAAUGAUUAACAUAUUGUUAUGUUGGUAUGGAACUCAUUCGACCACAGGUACACUCGGGGUGUGUUGUUUCA